GGGGCUACUUGUUUUAGGGCGCAAAGGAGCGGCUUCGAAAGUGGGUAUUUCCCCUGCCGAGAACCGGGAAUCCUCCCCGAGCCCGCGCGCGCGACCCGCCGGUGCGCCGCGGCCCGCGGACAAACCUUCAUAUACAGAGUGUGUUUGACUUGGAAUCUUCCCUUUUUUACUCCACUCAAUUGACUUAGCAGGGUUUCAAGAGCAGCGUUCAUAAAUUUGCAGCAUGGAGAUCUCCUCUCACCAGUCCCAUCUCCUGCAACAACUGAACGAGCAGCGCAGGCAAGAUGUCUUUUGUGAUUGCAGCAUUCUGGUUGAAGGGAAGGUCUUCAAAGCGCAUCGAAAUGUAUUAUUUGCCAGCAGUGGCUACUUCAAAAUGCUCCUUUCUCAGAACUCCAAGGAGACCAGUCAGCCCACCACAGCUACGUUUCAGGCUUUCUCCCCCGACACUUUCACGGUUAUCCUGGACUUCGUCUAUUCCGGCAAACUCUCUCUUACUGGUCAGAACGUCAUAGAAGUGAUGUCAGCUGCUAGCUUCCUUCAGAUGACUGAUGUCAUCAGCGUAUGUAAGACCUUUAUUAAAUCUUCUCUAGACAUUAGCGAGAAGGAAAAAGAUCGAUAUUUCAGUCUCUCCGAUAAAGAUGCCAAUUCUAACGGUAUAGAACGUUCCUCCUUUUACAGUGGCGGCUGGCAAGAAGAAAGCGGAUCCCCACAUUCUCACCUGAGCCCAGAUCAGGGAACAGGUAUAAUAAGCGGAAAGUCUUGGAGUAAGUAUAAUUACCAUCCAGCCUCCCAAAGGAGCACCCAGCAACCUUUGGCCAAGCAUGAACAAAGGAAGGACUCCAUGAAAAAGUCCAAACAUUGGAGGCUGUCCCAGCCUUCUGAAGUGGCUCAUUAUAAGUCGAGCAAACGAGAAGCUCAGACAUCGGAUUCUCCCGGCCAUGUGUCCCAGUUGGAGGAACAAGCACAGGUUGAUGCAGACGUGGCCUCUCCUCCCGUCGGCUAUCCCUACGGUCCAGGGUCCGAUGUCACAUCCAGAAGCUUUUCAGAUGAUCUGCCCAGGAUGCGGUUCAAGUGCCCAUACUGCACACACGUGGUGAAGCGGAAAGCGGACCUCAAACGCCACCUUCGCUGCCACACAGGAGAGAGGCCCUAUCCGUGUCAGGCUUGUGGGAAAAGAUUUAGUAGGUUGGACCAUCUAAGUAGCCAUUUCCGAACAAUUCACCAGGCCUGCAAACUAAUCUGCAGAAAAUGCAAACGCCACGUGACGGAUCUCACAGGGCAAGUGGUCCAGGAAGGAACCAGGCGCUACAGACUGUGUAACGAGUGCCUUGCUGAGGUCGGCAUAGACAGCCUCCCCAUCGAUCUGGAAGCUGAGCAGCAUCUUAUGUCCCCAUCAGAUGGAGACAAGGAUUCCAGAUGGCACUUGAGUGAAGAUGAGAACAGAUCAUACGUGGAGAUUGUAGAGGAUGGGUCUGCCGAUCUGGUCAUACAACAGGUCGAUGACAGCGAAGAAGAAGAAGAAAAGGAAAUAAAGCCCAACAUUAGGUAGCUGACGUGUGAACCCACAGAGCUGGCAUGUAUGCAACUCACACUGACUUCCUGUGUCUCUUCCCACGGUCAGAGUCUGGUUAACAAAUGUAUCAGACUGACGUAAAAGUAAUGACCUAAUAUAACUUGCAUGCUGUCCAAACAGGUCAUUGUAUCCAUUCUGAACUUUGUUGCCCUAAAAUUUGUUGCUGCACGGGAAAGAAAGAGCUUGAGUUGGCAUGAUGGAUGAACAGUUAAUCUUCUUACCUUAAUUACAGAGAUACCUUUUUCUUUUCCCUUUUAAUACUGGAAGAUCUACUUAGCAAACUUUUCUCAAAGAAAAUAUUUUAAAUAAAUUUACCACAACUCA